AUGCAAAACGAAAGGUUGUAACAGCUUCUUCGAUCCAAGGGCAGCUCCUACAUCCCACAACCUCCUUAGGCAGUCUCUCCACUCAACAAACAAACCCAAAAUUCGAUUAAUCAAUCCAACAAAUAUAUAACUAACUACGCAGUCUAAAAGAUAUAAAAUUAAUCAACUCACUUUGCGAUGUAUCUAAUUGUUACACCUUAGAACACCUUCUAGUGACAGGAGAACCACUCCCACUCCAACCAGAUCAUCAAUGAAUGUCAUACCUCAACAUUCCUCCUCAGUCUCUCCUAUUCGACUGGUGUAAUUGUCAACUGAAAGAGUCCAAAAACCUCAAGAAAUACACGAAGUUCAUCACUUUGAAAGACCCAUUUAGGUUGUCAAUGCCGAAGAUAUGGAAUACAAAUACAAAUUCAAAAUCCAACAACUAGAAUAGAUGGUCUAUUAAUUGUAGGUCGAGAAUCAAAGAAUCAAAAUUAAUGGCUACAUUGAGUAACCUGCGCCUGUUGAAAAUACUUCUAAAGUUAAUGAAUUAGAAAGAAUCAACAAAAAUCUCAGAAUUCUAGAAGAGAAAUAAAGAACUGAAAUAAAAUAACUCAAAGAGGAAUUACAACAUUGGAAGGACAGAUACAGUGAACUUCAGAAACAAUAAUCAAAUCAAAUUGGAUUCAAUGAAGAAUUGCGAUAAUUGAAAAAGUCUAUUUUCUAAUUGGAGGAAGAGAAUAAGGAUCUGCAAUUGCAUCUCAGAGACAAGGACCAAGAAAUCUUGAAAUUACGGUCCAUCCUAAAUGAAAAGGAUGACAUAAUUGAUCAACUCAAUGAUCAAAUCUAAGAGCUCCAGAUCAUUCAAGAAAAUUAUAGUCGAGUUGAGACCACUCUGAUGUCUCUGUAGGGUGAGGUUGACGUCUGGAGGAAGAAGUUCAAAGAAAAGAAUGAGGAAGCUUCGGAAUUGAGUGAAAAACUCAUCAUGGCCGAAACAUCCUUAGAGGCCAUGAAAAAGAGACAAACUACUCAAGUCAAAGAAGUUAAUGUUAGUAGAUCCAAUAAUCAUAAUAUUGGGAUCACUAUGACGCAAUCCAUCGACAUGCCAGGCAGAUUUUCGACUAAUCGAGGUACUCAUAAUUCUAACAAAUAAUAAAGUUGA